GUUGGUCUGGUCGAACGAGACUAGUCUCCCACUGACAGUCAGAGGGAGGGGACGUAUGAACGCUCUCCUGGGACUCGCUCUGUGACGUUCGAAGUUGACCAAACUUUAUGAAUUAUCUUGUGAUUUGUUUAUCGCUGGAAAUUUGUGAUGUGAUGUACGAGGGAAAUUGAUGCGACUUCAACGAGUUAUAAAAGGACAAUUUUUACAAACUUUUUAAGUGUUACGAACUUUCAAGGCUUGAAUGACGUCAAGUGGCUCAAUAAAUGAAAAGUUAAAUCAUAAAAAAAGCCAAUUUGUUCACAUAAUUGAGCAAGAACAAAAAAAAUUCCUUGAAAUCUAAUCGAAAUAUUAACCAAUAAACUUGAGUUUGUAUAUUCCUUCCGCUGGAGAAUUUUAAGUGAAAUAUCAAGCCGUCCCUUGACCAGCGCGCAGCGUCGAAUUGGUGGAAUCUCGGCGUGUGUCAAGUGCCAAGCUGAGCCACAUUUGAGCCCAGUUGAGCCCAGGAGACAAAUGUGAAGGCUCCGAGGGUCUUACCACACACACGAACAUCUCGACUGGCCAAAGGGAUCAGAAAGGAGUGUAGUGUGUGUGUAGUGGUGGACUCCUGGCGUCUUUAACAAGUUUGUGGGCAGCUUGUAACGUUUUCAAGCUGUGGGCAAACUGAGGUGUUUACUAGUUUUGGGCAGCUUGAAACGUUGUCAAGCUGUGGUUGGUUUGAAACGUUAUCCAGUUGUGGGCGGCUCGAGACCUAUUCAAGUUGUGGGCGUGAUAUUUAGUGGGCGGCUUGGAGAGUGUGGGCAUCUCACAGGAUGCGUGUUAAAGUGGUAUGAUCCUCUCGCUGCCCCCUGACACAGCGCUGGAAAAUUAUGUCCAGGUGGCGGGCAUGGCUGGGAGCAGCUGGGGCGACGCCGAGUGGGGGGACCCUGCUGACUGUGAGUGCGGGGGGCCACCGCCCCCCACCUUUAUGCUGCCCCCUCCGCCGCGCCCUCCGCCACCCCCUGACGAAUCCCAGGAGGACCUGGGCGACUGCGAGGGCCCCUUCACCUGUCCCAGCCUGCUGGGGGCCCGGGAGGACCAGAGGCCCACUAGUGGCAGGGCCCCCAUGGCCGUCGUCAUCGUUUCCGCUGCUACACUCGUCGUCCUCGUUGUCGUCGCAGCCAUUAUCGUCUGCAGCAGACUACGAGGCCGCGGACGGACUCCCAAGGGGUGCACGGAGCUGAGCGGGGCCAUCAUCUACGACGACCUCCCCUCCGCCCCCACCAUUGUGCCCGCCCGCACACGCCCACGCUUCAAGCCCGUACCCAUUGACGGGGAGGAGAUGAUGGGCAUGACCAUGGGCGUUCAUCUGUACACCCCCGAACCCCGCAGUAACCCUCCGUCAGAGCACCUCUAUCAGAGCAUCUCCUCAGGUAGUGAGACGUGUAGCUACAGCACCAGUGACGCGGCGGGGCAGGACGGUCGAGCCCUCCUGCGGCCUCCACAUCCCCGGAGUGUGAGGACCUCCACCCUGGCUGACACCGACAGCGAGGAGGAACCCCUGGCGCCCAUGGGCGUCCUUGGGGAACCCAGCGACAACGACACGCCGAGCAUGUCGCCAGCCCAUUCCCGCUACUACUGUGCCAGCGCCCCACCCCGUACCUCCUCUCCGGGAUCAGAUUACGAGAGUGUUUACUACGUGGGCGGGAUGCGGCGUGGGCGUCCCCCUACCCCACAAGAGCGCGGUCUACCGCCUCUUCCCUCCCGCACUGACAGGUUCAGAAUCUACUUCUCAGUGGAUCGUGGGCAGCACCGAGCACCUGGACGGCGGGGCAGGCGGCAGAACCAGCACCACCACCCGAGGAACCCACCAGAGGCAGAACCUCUCUACGAGAACCUCACUUAGAGCACCAUUCGUUUAAGCACUAAUUUGGGACGUCGCAGCACCCUAGUCGUCCUCUGGUGGUACAGUCCUGUCCCCGGGUCGUAGAUGAACCGUCUCGACCACCACAGUUCACGCUCGUCGUAGGUGAUAACAGGACCGUCAGUACUAAGGCCAGGUGAUGCGAGGUGUGAGUGUGUGUAGCACUCAGUUCCGUUUGAUCUCAGGUGUAGCGAGCUGGCUCAGGUGUGUAGGGACCCAGCCAGACGGCCUCGAUGGGGAAUGUGUGUGAUCUCCCCGAGUGUUGAAUAGGCAAGAUAAGUGACCCGCUGGAGUUUAACGGUGAUACGGAAAUAUGCGAACUGGAGAUUAAUGAUACAGAACUACGUGGGUUAAGCAGCCCACAGUAAUGAAGGGACACUUGGAUGGUAACCUUGUAGUGACCUAUUGAGAGGCGGAGUGUUGAGUGAACAGUGACACAUGGCUCCUGCCCGUGGCGCUAACAGUGAUGUAUUACACACAGGUGGCCGAGUCUACGGUAAUACACGGAUAUAAAUAAGAAGACGCCACAGGAAGGACAUCUGGACGAUUUCUUUGGAACUAUUGAGUCUCCGGUGAUGUCAAGUGGGACGUUAUUUUUUUUUCUAUAUGGGAAUAAAGAGAGAGAGAGAGAGAGAGAGAGAGAGAGAGAGAGAGAGAGAGAGAGAUAUGGUUGCAAUAUUCAGAAGAAGGAACAUAGUGUCGAUAUUCUGAGCCUAUGAGGGGCGUCGAUGGAUGACUGCCAGUGUUGUGGUUCAGUGUUAAGGGAGUCUUGUACAACACCCAGUGCAUUUAUAAUCAACCUCUGUUGUUGGUUAGUAUUGUGGCUAUUUAAAGAAUAAUGAUUUGUAAAAUGUGCUCGACGCAUUUAGUUCUGAUUUGUUAACUGUUUUAGUGUUUAGUGGAUAGACCGAAGUGAAAGAAAACAGAAUCACAAAACGUGUGAUUUAUUUUUGGUGCUUGUGUCUUUCGUGAGUGACGUCAUCGGAGAGUUAGUGACGUCAUCAAGUCUCCCAGGCACGGCACAGGCCAAACACUGGCAGUUUGGGAUUAAGCAAAAGACUUAAAAGUGUUUGCGUCCGUAAUGAGACAAAAGAGACAGUGAGACCUUAAGCCUGGCAGUACGUACGGCUUCUGCGCGCCUCCUCGCGGACCGGCCGUACCUCAGCACGUGCGCACUUGUACGGUAACGUGCCACGUGUGUGAAUAUUCAGCCUACGGGAGUACCUUGGAUAUAUUUUGUUAGGUGAACCUGCUGGGGGGGGGGGGACUCAAGUGAAGGUUGUGCGGGCCCAGACAUACCAAGGACCAGGUAGUGUUCUUAAUCACCCCAGGUAAUUAAAGGUGUUCUUCCCCCUUGUGUGAUGAACGAACUUACAGCGCCUGCGCAAGACGCCUCAGGGUUGGACAAGACGGGGCGAUAAUUAAUUAGACUCCCUAGGUUGAUGGUAAUUGUGUAAGAGAGUUUGCGAAAUCCCAAGGAGAUUGUAAAUUUCUUCCCAAAAGACAAUACUAAACCCAAGAAUAUUGUAAUUGUUCAAGGGAAUUUGUGAAAUAAUUAGGUAGUGGAGAAAAAAAAACCCAGGGAGUGUAAUAAUAAAAAAAAGCACAAUGAUAAUGGCCCAGGGAGGAUGAUAGAAGGGGUGGGUAGGUACAAGGAGGUGGUGUACUGGAUGGGGGUUGGGGCGGGGCACUCUUGUAGUAGCGUUGUCUGAAGGUGCAUUCUAGUCCUGGACGUCCGAGCACACGCUGACUCUUUCACUCAUCACCUGCUAGAGUUAUUAUGUGACACACCAACACACACACACAAACAAACAAACACCUGCUGUCAUACAUUCAUACACACAUACCAUACAUAAUUUUAUACCUUACAUUCAUCAACUGCUUGUUAUUAUGUGGCACACGAACAUAUACAAACACACAUAAACUUACAUACAUACAUACAUUCAUUACUUCUAUCAUACAGUCAUCACUUGCUAGUGAAUACUGUGACACAAUUAUACAAAUACAUAUAUACUAUCAUACACAGGUUCAAGUUUAACUAUACAUACAAUUAACACAUACACACACACACACACUCAUAAUUUCCAUCACUUUCACCAACACACACACACACAGGUCCACAAGUAGACACCCGUGCACACCCAGGUAAUGUGCACGUCAGGAUACAGGUUAACUCACACACCUGUGGGUCAACACUACCACCCCUCUGCCAACUUAACAUAGACGGGCGAACCUCAUUUACCAUCAUGUUUUUUGACUUACCUGAGCCAAAGGGUGAACUCACGACACCUCCAAGUCUUCUCAUAUUUUUCUUUACGAUUUUUUACCAUUUUUUUUUCUUCUAGUAAAAAUAUAGUUAUAAUUUUCAACAUAAUAUAUCACCCUCCAGAAAAAAAAAACCCACUUGGUUGUUAGGGGGGUGGUUCAGGAGAUAAUAUUUUUGUUAUUGUUUUCACUUUAAGGGAAGACUUGGGUGUGUCGCCAGACCACACCACAGGGAAGAUCUUUAAAAGCAUGAGUCUUAGUUACUGUUCUUACAUAUCAGUGUCAAGAGUCUUCAGCAGUGUAUAGCCUAAGUCUCUCUCUCUCUCUCUCUCUCAUUCCUGACUUUCCCCUCACGAAGAUCCAUUUUUAUUUUCAUGUUCCAUUUUCCUCCUCACACACGCACACACACAAACCAGUCCUGUGUUCCCAGCCUCUGUUAGUGUGAGCUCUCGACGAAGCAAUUUACUCGAACCUUUACAGGGAACCGUUGUCCAGUGGUUAAUAAGUCAUAUGAUAAAAAAAAGUUACUUUUCUUUGAUAAAACGGAUCACUACCUUUCCACAAUAAGGACGAGACUUAUUCAAAUAAUACAAAUAAACAUUAAAUUAGUUACAGGUGGACAAUUAUUAUUAAGUUAAUAAUAAAAUGUCCAAAGUGUUAUUAACCAAUGUGCUUCUUUUUCUCCAAUAAGAGCAGAAUUGAUUGUGGUUGAGAUGGAGGCACACAAAGUACACCUGUGUUGUUUGGAGUGUGUUGUGUUUUGUCGUCAGCUCACGCCAUCAUGAGCUUCUGAGCAUCAUCUGGGUAUUAGCAGUAUAUAAUCUUUUUAUUCUCAUUAUUUUUCUGUAUGUUAUAUCUUAUCUUCACCGAGUAAACAGUGUAAAAGGAGAAGGUUUAUUUAGUUUUAUACAAACAAAAUUAUAAUUAUGUUUAAAAUUUUCAUAAUGUGCAAAGUUCCAACGAAUUGGUUAUGAAUUUAAUUUGAUUUUUACACAUGAAAACUGAACAAUUGGUUUAUUCUUUUGUUUUAUAUUGGUGAAAAUUAUCUGGAUUACACUGCCAGCUGAUUUAUUAUUGCCAGUACCGUUGAAUACAUCCUUCCAACCAUUCCAUCUUAUUUAUCCGGGAAUACUGUACAUUAUUGAAGAGUUCAUGGGUAGAAAAAAGGGAAAAUGUUUAUAUUAUACUAACUUACUAACAUUAUUUGUGGUCAUUUAUUUGUCACUGGGUUAAGGGGAUAUGUUUUAUAUACAGAUUUGACUUUAAUUUACAAGUUAAUUACAUUUACAAACUUAAGUCAUUUACUUAAAAAUUUACUGAUGUAUAUUUAAGCCUGAGUAUCAUGACUUAAACCCCCAGAAUAUAGAAUCAUCUUAUUUAUGGGGACAGGCAUUGUAUUCAAAGAGUUAAGAAUCUUACUCAAAGGAUUAAAUCAUUGUACUCCAGAGGUUAAGUUAACGCAUUAAACGAGAGAGAAUUAUUGUACUCAAGAGAGGGUUGGCAUCGUACUCCAAAGGUUAAGUUAACGCAUUAAACUAGAGAGAAUUAUUGUACUCAAGGGAGGGUUGGCAUCGUACUCCAGAGGUUAGAUUGAAUUAAAAGGGUUAUCUUAAUGGAGUGAACUAAUGUACUCAAGGGGGUUUGGCAUCGUACUCAAUGGGUUAAAUCUGCAUAUGCUAAUUUUAGUUACUGGUUUAAAUCAGCAGGCAAUAACUCCAGGAGAAUUCUAAUAAAAAAACAACAACUUUAUGUUCCUAAACCCGAGUUAGAUCGUAAUGGCCAGGAACAUUAAUUUUCAUGUAAUUUAAUUAAUAUUCCAUUUUCUUCUCGCUCUACAGAUCUCUUCAAAGUAUAAAAACCCCAUCGAUUCUUCAUUUUCUAACACAAAACACCCCGCUGUUUCCUUUUCAGAUCUGUUCUUUCUCUAAUUCCGCAUCACUAAGUAUUCUUUUCUCUUCGAACAAUUGUAUUCUUUCACUGAUAACCUAAGUCCUUGUACGUCACCAGCAUCCCUCCUUCACUCGCCAUUGCACCAUUAUUAUUUUUUUCGCUCACUCACCAACGCCUCAUUUUCUUUCAUAUUAUUUUAUGUCACUAAUAUCCCAUUUAUUUACCGGUAUAUUUGUAAAUAUUUUCUUUCAAGAGUUUAUCUCGUUUUCUUUAAUUGGUAAAAUAAACAAAGAUUUUCCUUCAGUUGUUAAACAUCCAUUUUGUUUCAUGAGUUAUUCAUAUCCUAUUUUCUUACAUUAGUCAACACUCCAUUUCCUUUCACUUUAUACUGUACAAUAAUGAUCUUUUGUUGUCGCACUAACUAGUCACCAUAACGACUCUCAUUUGUUUCAUUACUGAUAAAAAAAUAUUGUUUUAUGUUACAUUAUUUUUUAUUAAAGCGGUGAGUGCUCAAUGUGAUAUACUUAUAUAUUAAUAUGUUUUAUAAGAAUCUAUUGUAUUAUUCAGA